ACUCCGAGACCGGAACUGCAUCUAUUCCGGGUGCCAUUUUCCUUCAGGGCAGAAGGCGAGGGUGAAGCCCAAGAGUCUACAUGGUCCACCUCCCAGGAGAGCUUCCACAGCAUGUGUCCUUUCCAGAGUUAGCAAAUGAGAUGCUUUUGCAAGGGAAGCCACUUCAUCUCUGUAAAUGACAGGACAGCACCUCCGACCUCAGGCAAAAGUGAUGGAGAGUCGCUGAGGGUGCACCCAAAGCUUCCAUCAAGCGCUGGAGAGGACCGUGCCACCCUGCUGGGCAUUGCCAUGAUGGCUUCCUCUGUGCUGAUGUUCUUCCUGUUGGGGACCACCGUGCUGAAGCCUUUCAUGCUCAGCUCUAACAGAGAAGAAUCAAACUGCACCACCAUCCACACACACAUUGCAGAUGAUUGGCUGAACUUCGCCUUCACCUGUGAGGGCAGCUGCCAGGACCAGGGCGGGUAUCCCUGUCUGCAGGUGUUCGUAAACCUCACCCACUCAGGCCAGAAAGUGCUUCUCCACUACGAUGAGGAGGCAGUCAGAACCAACCCCAAGUGCUUUUAUACACCCAAGUGUCACCAAGACAGGGGUGAUCUGCUUAACACUGCCCGGGACAUCAAGGAAUUCUUCGAUCACAGAAAUGGAACUUUCACUUGCUUCUACAGUCCCGAUGGCCAGCUGGGAGUCGUCCUGAGGAAGUCUGGCCACAAGAUGGAGGCACCAGGAGCUGGGACAUCCUUUUGCUGAGCUGCAGCGGCCUAUUUGGCUGUGUUUGGUGGCAGUAGGGAGCAGGUAAGCUCUGACAGGUGUCCCUCAACUACCCCAUCUCUCGUUCCUUGGCUAACUGAUGUGCUGUGUAAAGGUUGUGGAUUAUACUUUGUAUACCAAACGUCCCCACAAUAAAACACACUAUGCAUGUCCAAGAAAAACUGUAAAUGGAGAUUCUGUCAUUUUCUCAAAUUAAAGAUAAAUCUCAAACCCAUUUCCUAAUAAAUAAACUUGACUUCCAACUUAACAAUAUAGUUUUGUGGUUUUCCCUACCAUCUCAACACUGAAGCCUCAGGUGUGUGUUUCAUCAGUCACAGAGGUUUCCCAAGCAGACACUGACUAGUGGUUCAUCCCAGGGAAGACAGACAUUAAGUUGGAGAAGAGAGUCAAUUUGAAGUUCAAGACUCUUGGCAGUCCAGUAAAAUUUAAGCGGUGAUGGGCUUUUGUGAAAGCAGGAACAUCAAUGCUCAUGUCUGUUACCAGUCCAAGGCAGCCCGCCUUCUGCACUGUUUAUAACGGAGGGCAAAGCAGGUUGCUUCUAAACUGACUUCAUGUAUAGACUCUAGUUUCCAACAGACAUGAGAAAGUAUCCCAUUUCUACACAUAUACUCACACCUACUCCUAUGUAUAUAAAUAGCAGCAUGAAACACAAGCAUCUAAAUCUUCUUUAGUACUCGAGCCUCUAAUUUUUCUUGGUUUUACUCCUGGGAAUUGAACCUAAAGCCUUAUGCACCAUGGCAGGCAUGCUCUGCCACUGAGUGAUGUGAUGAACGCUAACAAACCAGCAGAGGUAUGCUAACAACGCUUAAUGCUUUAGAGACAUCAGCAUUCAUUUCUCUAGCACUUACUGCUAGGGCAGAAAAAAAAAAAAAUUGGUUGAGUUUCCCUUUCUUUUUCUUCUUGACAGGGUUUCUCUGUGUAAGAGUCCUGGCUGUCCUGGAACCUACUUUGUAGACCAGGCUGGUCUUGAACUCAUAGAGAUCCACCUGCCUCUGCCUCUUGAGUGCUGGGAGUGCCACCAUGCCUGGCUUGAUUCAGUUUUUCAAUCAAGUAAUUACAUAGAAAACUCAAAUCUAACUAGACCCUGUUCAUAGCAACACUAUUUUGUCAUUGAAGAGAAACAGCCAAAGGGAUUCUCACAGCUCUUGGCUUACACCACAUGCUAAGGACCAUUUGGACACAAGGUAAGUUUUCUUUUUUUUAAUGAAGAGCGUGAUGGUACAGACUGUGCAGUUAGGGACAAGCAGACACUGACAGUGGUGACUAGCAGUGAGUGCAGUCACAGGCUGCACUCCUUGCUGGAAACAGUAUGACAGAAGAGGUCUUCGAUUGAGUCACGCUGUCGUUGUCCACAUUCUAAGCCAGUGGUUCUCAACCUUCCUAAUGCUGCGACCCUUUAAUACAUACAGUUCAUGUUGUGGUGCCUCCAACAAUAAAAUUAUUUUGAUAUUACUUCAUAACUAUAACUUUGCUACUGUUAUGAAUCAUAAUGUAAAUAUCUGUGUUUUCUGAUGGUCUUAGGCAGCCCCUGUGAAAGGGGCAUCUGAUCCCAAAGAGGUCAUGACCCAUAGGUUGAGAAGAGCUGCUCUAGCAAACAGCAUAUGGAGCCUUCCUGUGCUACACACUUCUGGGGCAAGGGUUAUAAGAACACUAAGAAUGUUUCUUUUUCUUUUUGAGACAGGGUUUCUCUGUGUAGCCCUGGCUGGCCUCAAACUCAGAGAGAUCUGCCUGCCUCUGCCUUCCAAGUGCUGGGAUGAAAGGCGUGCGCCACCACGGCCCAGCAAGAAUGUUUCUAACUAGUCCCUCUUACAUGUUCAACUUACUGAAUGAACAAAAUGGAGAGAAACAAUCUGGCUGAAAGUGGAGAGCAAGCUCCUUGCACAAGUGGUGUGCAGUCAUCUUUUUGUAGUACUUUAUUCCCCAAGGUACUAAAGUAUUAUGUUUGAAAGCAAUGUAUUCUUUUAGAUUUUAUUUAGCCAAGCUAAGUCCAAAGACUGAAUUAUAAUAAAACCAUCAACUGCAUUUGAAACCUGGAUUCCUGGAGCCCUUGGGGGGGAGGGGUAUGGC